AUGACACUUUUGUCAUUUAUAUGUUUAUGAACAACUGAAAAAAGCACAAAUGUCAGGGCAUGUCAAAACUUCUCCAGGGCCCCAGAAAUCCUCAGACCCCUGAGGGUUAAACUAACUCAAGUCAAUUAUGGACAGUGGGUCCACACAACCAACUUAGUUUUUAUUAACAUUAAAGAUUUAUUUUUAAUUUAUGCAAAAUCCUUGAGUUGUGACAACACAACUGACUAAGGAAGACUCUAUGUAAAACAGUUGUCCAACCAACUCAAUUCAAUCAUGGACAGAGGUUCCACAUGAUUGAAACAAGUAAAACCCAAUAAAAUCAACAAUGUUAAACAAACUAGAAUUAACUGUGUUCAUUUAACUUGAAUGAUUUUAGUUUAAAUAAAAUAAUUAGUUUUCAUAUAAAUUGAUUUUUAUAAAUAAUCCUACAAUUAAUGCUUCUUGUUUAAUCUUAUGAUUUUAAUUUUUGUGAUGUACUGUUCUGUGCUGGCAGUCUAGGAGUGAUACUGUUUUCAUCCAGAGCACUACCAUAGUAAAUAUUCUUUACAGUAGACUUAAACAUUAGUCUCUCCAUUUUCUCAUCUGGCAAAAAACUUUAGCACUUCAAGCACUUUACUUCAACAUUUACUCUCCCAGCUCAGCCCCUUUGCAAAGCAUGAUGGGAAGUGAAAGUCCUAUUUAAUUGAGUCCUGGUUGGAUUUACUUGAUUGAAACAUGUUAUUUUAAUAUGAAAACAUCAAGUUAAGUCAAAAGGUAAUUGUUUCAAGUCAAUUUAAUAUGAAGCAAUUAAAUACAAUGGUGUUUAAUCAAAAUAAGUUGUUUAAAUAAAGUGAACAGAAUAAACAAAUUUAAUAUAUGUAUAUUUAUUUUUAAGUAUGUAUCUAGACAGGUAAUGUUGAGAAAAGUGUGUCCUUCCAUUUCUUAAUUUAAAAAGGUUUAGAAAUGAACUUCAGCGGUAUCGAGCGUCACCCAAAAUACUCAAAGCAGCUGCAUUUUCACCUAUUAGUAUGCCAUGCCAUAUGCCAUGGUGGACUACUUCUGUUUAGUAAGUGAAUUCAAAUCAAUCACUCUUGACUAGCAAUCAGUUUUACAUGGUCUGAACACUGGGUUUGUUCAACCAGAGAUUGUGCAUGCAGAAAAAAUGACAAAGAUUGUUUUUCAGUCCUACACAAAGACAGAAAAUGAGAAGAGAAAAAAAACAAGUUGCAUAUAUUUAGAAAAAUACAAACAUUUUGUUAAAAAAUCUGAUAUAAACAAUUUAAACUUUACAUCCCAUCCCAUCCCAUCCCAGUUGUGGCUACAUAUGUAAUAUGCACACACUCACCUUUAUCUGUAGAUACAAACAAGCUCAAAUGACUUUCCUUAUUAGCUCUGAGUAACUACUGUGUGAAUGUGUUUGUGGCUGUGACUAUGGAUCACCUAUAAGGAGCACAUCCUAGGAGCACGCCCAUAAAUACUCCUUUUUUCAUUUUGUUUGUUCAUCUAAUGAUGAUCACAUGAUCCUUCAGAAAUCAUUCUAAUAUGCGUAUUUGCUACUCAAGAAACUUUUCUUGCUAAUUAUUAUCAGUGCUGAAAAAGUUGUGCUGCUUAAUAUUUUCAUAGAAACUAUGAUAGAUUUUUUUUUUUCAGGGUUCAAAAGCAAAGUAAAAAAAACAGCAUUUAUUUGGAAUAGAAUUUUUUUUUGUAAAAUUAUAAAUGUCUUUACCUUCAAUUUGAUCAAUUUAAUGCAUCCUUGCAGAAUAAAAGCAUUAAUUUAUUACCUUACUGACCCCAAACAUUUUGAAUGAAAGUUUUGAAUUUUGCAAGUUUGAAAACUGAGUGUAGUAGAUGUAUUUCCCUUAUCUUAUUUAUUUACUAAUGGGAAUACAUUGUGUUUUUCAGGUGUUUGUUUCCACAGCCCCUGGUAUUUACAGAAAGCCUGUUAUUGGAAUGUGGGAACAUCUGUGUGAGAAGGCAAAUGGUGGAGUGACUAUAGACGCGUCACAGAGCUUCUAUGUAGGAGAUGCAGCAGGACGUCCUGCUAACUGGGCUCCGGGGAAAAAGAAGAAAGACUUCUCCUGCAGUGACAGACUGUUUGCUCUCAACAUUGGUCUUCAGUUUUACACCCCAGAGGAAUACUUCUUGGGCUGGAAACCGGCUCAGUUCAGCUUGCCAGAGUUUGACCCUAGGAAAUUAGACUCUAAAAUGCGUCUUUACGAUCCUCCUGACACCUCCCUCACAUCUACCAAACAGGAAGUGAUUGGAUCAGUGGGAUUCCCUGGAUCGGGCAAAUCCACAUUCUUCCAGACACACAUCAUUCCAAAGGGCUAUGCAUAUGUGAACAGGGACAUGCUUGGCUCCUGGCAGCAUUGUGUGUCGGCCUGUGAACGCACUCUGAAGGAAGGCCAGAGCGUAGUGGUGGACAACACUAACCCUGACCCCGAGUCUAGAAAAAGAUAUGUAGAUGUCAGUCAAAACACUGGAGUCCCCUGCAGGUGUUUCAACUUCACUGCGAGUCUGGAACAAGCAAAACAUAACAACAGGGUAUAUGUCUUUACUGUAGUCACCAUGAAAUCAAAAUUAACAAUAAUAAAAUAAUAUAAAUUUGGAUAU